CUUAUGCAGCUAUUUUAUUGGAUAAUGACAGAAAAAUUUCCCAGGAAAAUGUACCCUCUCUGUAUUGACAUUGAUAGCGAAUGGUAGGUGAUCUUUCUAUUUCUUCUGGCCUACUUGGUGAGUCCAAAGAUGCCCCACACUCUCUGGAAACUUCAACAUUUCUGUAUUCAUGGCGACGACCCGAAGAUGAAAUUCUAAACCAUGUAAAAGGAGUAGGGAGGAGAAGACAUUGAAAAACUGUUGCGCUCAAUGGAAUCAUCCUGUCGUUCCUGAAUUCGUGACUAUCGCUCCGUCGCAGAUAAUAUAUCGCCAGAGGCAUUACUUGCACAAAACCCCAAAUGGUCUCUGGUCGAAUGAUUUCUUCCUGUUUCUGUGCUCCUUCUCCGAGUCUCCUCCUCCUUCCGGUCCUCCUUCUGGUCCUCCUUCCAUUACUAACUAUCGCCGAAUCCUGGAAUGGACCUUCAUCGGUUAGUCUUCCUGCUGUGUGGACUGCUGGUAGACCUUACGACUACAAUCUAACUGGAGCUGACCUCCCGGUAAGCAUCAAGAUCGUGCUUUACAGGCAAAACUCAGGACCAAGUUUCUUUUAUGGCUUCACAUGCUAUUAUGAAAGUGACUGCUACUUUGGCCUGUUCAUUUUCCAAUUGAUUGAGGACAUGAAAAGCAUCCGGCCAGUGAUCGUGUGGUCGGCCAACCAUGGUAAAUCCAUGAAGGACACCGCCCAGCUGCUACUCACUGAGGAGGGCGAUUUAGUCUUACAGGGCGGCGAUGGAAACAAGAUUUGGUCCACGGAUACCGCUGGAAAGCGUAGGUCAGCGGUGGGGUUAAACUUGACUGAAACGGGAAACGUCGUGCUCUAUGAUAGAAGCAAUGCCAUCAUUUGGCAGUCUUUCGAUCACCCUGCAGAUUGUUUACUUCCUGGACAGGUGCUACAUCCUGGAAUGAGACUAACGUCACCCGGGCCAGAUGGGAGGGCACUGACCUACACGUUCACCGUUGAGGAUCGCAUAGGCUUUGUUGCAUCUGUAACAACACCCAGUUCUCCCCAAACUUACUACAGAACGAGUGAUGUAAGCAAGAUGACAAGCAACAUCGGACAGGUUGUGGCACUUUACAUGAAUGGAAGCUUCGGUGAGUUUGAUCUUCCCGCCACAUCAUUAGCUCAGUUUAUCAUGCUGGAGUCUGAUGGGCAUCUGAGGCUUUACGUUCAUGAUGGGAGCUAUAGAUGGAAUAAGGAGGAUCUUCUUGAGGGUAGGAUCAGCGAUUGUGGUUAUCCACUGGUGUGUGGGAAUUAUGGCAUUUGUUCAGAUACGUCUAUAGGCCCUCAAUGUGAUUGUCCAAGUGAGACAGGGCAUUUCAAGCAAAUUGAAGAGCGGCAACCGGCUAAGGGUUGCAAUGUCAGCAUGUCUAUCUCUUGCGAUUCUCCGAAUCAUGAUUUUGCAGCAAUUGAUAAUAUCUACUACUUUGCUUUUUCUUAUGUUCUUCAUGCCGACAUCUCAAACACAACAGUAGAGAUUUGCAAGGAAGCUUGUUUGAGUAAAGGGUGCUCAUGCACAAUGGCACUAUUUCUCAAUGAAACAGCUUUCUUAGGUGGAGACUGCUAUUUGUUAUCAGAUUCAUAUUCGUUGAUGGAUAACACUUACAAGGGCCUUACCCCUAAGGCCUUAGCAUUGAUUAAAGUCGACAAUGCUUCAGGAAGGGGAAGGGCAAGGGGAAAGAGACGGACUAUGAUCAUACUAGGGACUACUGUUGGAGUCGUCUUGAUGUGUUUAGUUAGCAUAUGUUGCAUUUUUGUCCGAUGUAAGGUAAAAGCAGAUGAUGUCGAAGAUGAUGAUCCAGACUUACCGAGGCUGCAGAUAACUCGAUUCCCUUAUGAGGACUUGAAGGCCAUGACCGGAGAUUUCACCAUCAAGCUAGGGGAAGGAGGAUUUGGCUCGGUGUUUCUAGGAACUUUACCCAGCGGCAUUAGGAUUGCUGUCAAGCGCCUUGAUGGUUUUGGUCAAAUAAAGAAGUCAUUCUUGGUUGAGGCUGGAACCAUUGGCACUAUCCAUCAUGUCAAUCUGGUAAGACUACUUGGAUUUUGUGCUGAAAAAUCACAUAGGCUUUUAGUAUACGAGUACAUGUGCAAUGGUUCUCUUGAUAAGUGGAUCUUCCAUAAAGAUCUAGAGUUCAACAUCUGUUGGCAAGUGAGGAGAAAGAUUAUCCUCGACGUCGCAAAAGGACUAGCCUAUCUCCAUGAGGAAUGCCAUCAAAAAAUAAUUCAUUUAGACAUCAAACCCCAAAAUAUACUGCUGGAUGAACAUUUCAAUGCAAAGCUCGCUGAUUUUGGGAUGUCAAAGCUAAUUGACAAGGAUCAAAGCCAUGUCAUGACUACCAUGCGAGGAACACCAGGUUACCUUGCUCCAGAAUGGCUAAGCUCUAUUAUCACGGAAAAGGUAGAUGUGUACAGUUUUGGCAUUGUGAUGUUGGAAGUCUUAUGUGGGAGGAAAAAUGUGGACCGCUCUUUGCCAAGUGAUGAAGUGCAUAUGUUGACCCUUUUCAAGGGAAAAGCAGAACGAGAACAACUACUGGACAUGGUUGAUAAGUCCAUUGGUGACAUGCAACUGCACGUCCAAGAAGCUGUCAAGAUGAUGAAAAUCGCAGCAUGGUGUUUGCAAGAUGAUUAUAGCAACAGGCCUUCCAUGUCUGCAGUGGUUAAAUGCUUGGAGGGCUUAGUUAGUAUAGAUAGCUCAAGUUAUAGCUUCUCAGUUCCUCCCAGUGACAGCAAGCAGAUUGUUGAGGAAGUUACUCAACUAUCAGCAUUGCAAUUAUCAGGUCCUAGGUGAAGAAAACUAGUCUCCAACUUAAUCUCUGAGGCUUCGAUGGAGAGACCGAUUUGAUAGUGCUGAGCUUCUCAGUUCACUCAGAUCACAGCGAACACAUUGUCAAACAAUUUAACGAGCUAGUGUCACAAUCAUCGGGUGAGCAGAACUUGUUUGUCAUUGCAUUAUUAAACUUUCGCCAUCAA